AUGAAGCUUGCUUAUAUUAUCUUGAAAAAUCUCGAUGAUGAUAUCGUCGUGGAUAAAGAAAUUCCAGAGCUAGAUCAAUGUUCAGAAUGUAAUAAUGAAAUUUUAACACGACCUCCGAAGGUGAUUACUAUCCUCAGCUGUGGCCACACCUUUCACAGGAUAUGCAUUGAGAAAAAGCUUCUACUAACCAUGCCGAAUACAUGUCCAUUUCCCGACUGUGGAAAGAAUGUGGAUAUCAUAGAAGAAGUUCCUACUACUGAUCAAGAGUCGCCAAUUUCGGCUUUAUCCAACAGGAUGAAUGAAACCUUUAUCCUAUCUUCGCCAAUCUUACGGAUGGAGGGAAUCGAGAAUACAGGAUUUCAACAAGCCAGAAGUUAUUUAAAAUGCGCCAAAUGUUCCGAAGACCUUUCUUCAUGGCUUCCACCCAUAAGCUCUAUUCGUUUCCCACUUCAACCUCAAGGGCCUCCGAAACAUCUCGUAUACUUAACCUGUAAACAUAUUGUGCACUAUGCCUGCAUUGAUAAUCCACGCAAGUUGUGCCCUGUAUGUCCUUCAACUGAUAUGGAAUCGGAGGAAGAAGAAAUGGAUGUUGAUGGCGAAGAACAACCCGAUACCAGCAGUAAAAAACGUUCUAACGAAGGUACGGACGCCAACUCAUCUACACCCAAGAAGAAGGCAAAGAAACCAGUUAGUAGAGAAGAUUCGCCCAUUUUGAAAAAGCUCAUCAAGGAAUUGUCCGCUCCAAUUCCACAGCAAAGAUCUUCCGGUGGUAUUAUUUCCUUACAGACGUUCCCUGAAAUGACUGAUAUUAAGUCUGUUAAUUUUCGUGAAUUGAAUGACAGGAUCGUCGAAGCCGAAGGCGAUAAUCAAAAAGCUAUUUUAGUUGUGAUCCGCUCAUAUUAUUUCUUUGGGAAAGGGUAUAUGUUAUGGUUUAACCACUAUAAAAAAACAUAUAGUGAAGAUACAUCCAAUUCUCUAGUUAAUGAUAAAAUUCGUGAGUGCUUUCUGGACCAGGACAAAACUUCAGAGGCUAAUCUUAGAAAAAGGAAGGAAAGGGCAAUAAAGAUCUUUAAACUUUUUGAUGGGGUUGGAGGGGAAGAAAAGAUAUAUUGUAUUAAGUCUUUUUCUGCGUCAACUAUUUCAAGGCUGGGAGUGGAUGACAUUGAUUAUGUGAUAGCUAAAGUUUUAAAAGCGAGCCAAUGA